AUGGAUAGAACCGGCAAAGGAUGGCACAUAUACGAUAUGGGUAGUACACAUGGUAGCAAAGCGAACAAAAAGAAAGUACCAGCCAAGCAGUACAUGCGCAUUAUGGUUGGAUUCGUAUUGCAAUUUGGAGGUAGCACACGAUUGCUUUCAUUGCUUGGACCCUCUACUGACUGUGAAGCUGAGUGGGAGUGCUCACCCAGUGAAAUGAGGGAGAAAAUGCACAAGAAGAUCCUGGAAUCUAAGCUGGCAAUGGCAGCUCGAAAGGAGUUAGAAGCAGAAAAGGCAAAAGAGGCUGAGGCAUCGGAAGGUAUAGACUGGGGCAUGGGUUUUGAUGAAGACUAUACACCUGGUGUAGAACUAGAGAUGGAUGGACACUUGAUGGAGGAUCGCGAGCAAUAUUAUGAAGCAGAUCCUAAAAAAGCCCUUGCAAAGUUCUUCGAACGUGAAGGAUUCGAUAUGAAAUUUGAAUUGACGGAACAAGGUUCAGGUCAUACACACAAAUGGCUGUGCACCAUCGAGCUUCCUAUCGAAAUCAAUGGUGUUGAUCGCACCUAUACUGCACAGGCGAUAGUUUCUACAUCGAAAAAGGACGCACAGGUUCAGUGCGCCUUGGAGGCGUGCAGAGUUCUUGAUAGCUAUGGAGUUCUAAGGUCUUCAAAUGCAAAAGCCAGGGCGAAAAGAAACGAGCUGGAAGAGAACGAUUUUUAUGAUGAGGAUGACGACGAGUAUCUUGAUCGGACAGGCCAAAUUGAAAGACAGCGAGAAAAGCGCAUGAUGUGGGCCAAAAAUAAAGCUGGUGAAAGGACUGAAAAGAAGAGUACCUAUGAAUCGUUAUGCAAGGAACUUGAGGAAACACGGGAAAACAUUGCAAAGUUGAAGACAAAGCUGGACGAGAUACACACGGCUCACACUUCAACCAAUACUGGGGAUUCCUUAGAUGAUUACUGUAGGCAGUUGAAUGAAGGUCAUGGAGUGGUGCCUGACAUGAAGGCGAAAACCGAAACUUCCCAACUCCGGCAGAAAUUGGUCGCUCUUACACAUGAUGCGCAAAGGCUAGAAAAGCUGGUUAAAAUUGCGAAGCCAGUAGCGCUACCAGAACUUAAAGUGGCCGGUACUAACACAAGUGGUGUCGAUAAACAAGCGUUUCUGCGUAAAAUGAUGAUGGUUGGCAGGAAGAAAGUGAAUGAAUCGAAACCAGUUGCUGGCGAAGAGGGCAGCAGUAUGAAGGGACCAGCAGGGAUGCCUUCAUCUAGUGAACCAUUCAAACCUGAAGUAGAAGCUGAUGAUGAGGCAGAUAAAAACAUGACUGAUGUUUCCACUGCUUCCUCAGCCACUGAAUUAGAGAGGCGACAACCGGCUGAACGUGAAGUAAUUGCAAAAGAAGGAGAAUCGCAACGGUCAGUGGAGGCUUCUGAAACAAGCCAACCAGUUAACAACGAAGCGAGUAGUAGGAGCGAUCAAGAUCACAAACCGAAGAAGCACUCAUGUAAAGAAGAAGUGGAAACGCAACCUGCCCCGGUGGCUUCUAGAGCUGAUGAACAAAUUUCUGAAGAAAUAUCCCUUGAAAGCCCCCAAGGUCUAAAAUCGGAUACGCGAGCUCGUCACGAAGUGAAAGCGGACGAACCUCAGUCAUCGUCUCGUGCUGCUCCUGAUGAUAUGAGUAGUGAAGGUACUCAUGAACGAAAGGUAGGGAAACGAUCACUUUCUGGAGAGGUGAGGCUACAAAUGAAGCAGCUAAGAAGAAACGACGUUAUCGACGAUGAUCGGUAUGCCACUUGGCUUCCCCCUGAUAACCAAAGUGGUGAUGGAAAGACCGCUUUGAAUGCCAAAUUCGAAGGACGAUACUGA